AUGCUCAAGGCGGAAAAGGUCCUCGGCCUGUCCAAUGGAUACGUCCAACGGAGCAGUUCCGUCCCUAUCCUCCUCAAGGACAGGGAGACCUCGGUCAAGGAUCCUCACAAGCACCAGCGGGACGAAUCCAUCAUGGACACUAACAAGAGCAGCAUCGUCUCCAAACGAUCCGUCGAGAAGCUCUACUUCCAAGGCCAACCGGAAUAUUUCCGAUAUUUCGUGAGCAAAUUCAAGCGCCGGUCUCCGCUGAUCAAUCGUGGUUACUGGCUACGCAUGAAAGCCAUUGAGCACGCCGUCUCACGAUUCUUGUCCGAGCGAACGGCCAAGAAGAAGGUGGUUAUCAAUCUUGGUUGCGGCUAGUGAGUAUUCGAGAAACUUUGACAUGCUCCAAGCUUGAGUUGACGACCGCCACAGCGAUCCAUUACCGUUCAUAUUUCUUGGCAAAUACCCCCUCCAAUGCCAAGGGACAACGUUCGUGGACGUAGACUAUCCAGUUUUGAUGCAGAACAAAGUCGGGAUCAUCGACAAGACCGAACAGCUGAGGAGACUGCUGCCCAAAUUGACCAAGACCUCGAACGAGACUGGCCUUCUUGCCUCCAGCGACCCCUACGUUGCCAUAGGAUGUGACCUCGGCAACAUUGAGCCUCUGCAGGGCAUCCUCCAGGACCACCUACAACUAGGUGAAGGAGGCGCAGCGAUCCUCUUCGUCUCAGAAGUCUCUACAGCAUACAUGGAACGUGAAGCAUCCCAAGCAGUGUUUGACUGGACGGCAACGUAUGACGAUGUUCGGUUUUGCCUGCUCGAGCAACAUCUGCCCGAUGGUACCGAUCAUCCUUUUGCAGCAACAAUGCUGGCCCAUUUCGAGAAGUUAAGGACCCCUCUCCGAGCCGUUGGAACCAUGGAGCAAAUGAAGGCCCGAUUCGUGGGUGCGGGAUACCCGGAGGCUGGGACAGAAAUUCGGUCAUUAUGGGAGCUGUGGUCGGAUCCUACGUUCCUGUCAGCAGAGGAACGGAGAUCAUUGGACAGAGUCGAGCCAUUUGACGAGUGGGAAGAAUUCGCUCUUUUCGGCUCGCAUUACUUCUUACUCAUUGCAGAGAAGGAAGCCGGGAAGGAUUAUUCUCACAAGCCCUACCGAUCAACGCGGGCGUCACUCUGGGCUGGCUCAACACGUGGUACGUCAAUAGCAACGACACCAACCACAAGCGGCAACAGUCCCGAUACUCCGCAGUAUCACUUCGGACCUGGCGAUAUUCUGCAGACGCACGAGCUGUUGGAGCCUCACAACUUCCGAAGAUUCGCAGCUGUAGUGCCUCCGCCUGAGACGGAUGCCGCGAGCGAUUCCGUGGGCUUACAUGGAGGUAUCGGCACCCAGGAAAGGCUUGACAGCUGCAAUACUUACUCGCGAUAUGAUGCUAUCCAGCCUAUCGUGCCUCCUCCCCUCAGGCAAGGCUUGGCGUGUCACACUAUCACCCGGUUGGGUAGCACAUACAACUGCCUGCUGACCGGAGGACGAACAUCGCCCGACAAGGCGAGCGCCGAAUGCUGGCUCCGACUGGAUGGGAAAUGGAGACGCGUGCAAGAUGUUCCACGCGGACGCUAUCGGCACUGCGCUGUGCCACUGGUGCUACCGACAGAUCCAAGACCUGCUCACACUGUCCUUGUAUUCGGCGGAAAGACCAGUGAUGGGCAAGUGCUGGACGAAUGGCUUAUCUGGACUGGCGAAACAGGAUGGCAGCAGGUGCCUGUCAGUGGAGAAGCGCCGCCUGCUCGCUUCGGUGCGGUCAUUGUCAGGGACAGCAGCGAGGCUACAUCCGGUGUCCUUGUGGGUGGAAUGACAAGCGCUGGCCGCAUUCUUAACGACUUUUGGCAUUGGAGUUUGGAGCCUGACAUGACUCUACAUUGCCGCAACGUGACAUCUCGAGCGACGGCGUUCUUGAAGGCCGAUGCGUGCAUUCUUGGACGGUUUGGGGCGCAGCUGGUACGGUCGAACCGCGGAAUUUUGAUGAUUGGAGGCAUUACGGGAGACCGGAUGCUCACACGACAAGACGAAAUCUUGAACAUGAAAACAUUACGGCCACAGCCUAUUCAAGGCCCACGACCUCUGUUUAUAGGACACUCUGUGCAGCAGGUCGACGGUGGCCUUCUGAUUCUCGGCGGAGGUGCGACCUGCUUCUCAUUUGGGACGACCUGGAAUCGAAGCUGUAUACUGAACGAUGCCUCGCCCGGAGCAUUUGACAUAGAAUGGCGACUGCAAUCCACAGUGGACGCCGGCAAGCCAACAACAGAUCAGAGCUCCAUCUACGUCGAAUCGCCCACCAGUGGCUCUACACCAGACCUGAGAAUGCCGCCUCCAGUUCGCAUCCAAGAUAUCCGUAUCUCCCACGGCGUCAACUUCGAACAGUACGUCGCAUCCGCACGCCCAGUCAUCCUACGGAACUGCCAGAUCGGAUCUUGCACGACGGCCUGGACAAACAGUUAUCUGAAACAAGCGGUCGGCGUCGACCGUAAAGUCGCCGUGCACUCGUCACGCACGGAGAGGAUGGACUUCCAAAAGAAGAACUUCCAAUACAUCACCCAGCCCUUCGGCACCUUCCUCGAUUCCGUGGAACGAGGCGAGAAAGUCUACCUCCGCGCUCUGUCGAAAGAAGCGCCAAACAACAAACCCACGUCGCUCACCGAAGACUUCCCCGUCCUAGCCAACGACUUCCACCUCCCCGACGAACUCCACUACGUCAACGAAAACGCCCACUCCUCUCCGCUUCGAAUCUCCGGACCGGUAAACAUGUGGCUACACUACGACGUAAUGGCCAACGUCCUCUGUCAGGUCCGCGGUCGCAAACACCUCUACCUCUUCCCCCCCUCCGACGUCACCCAGUUAGGCUUCGAACCCGGCGCUUCAUCCUCUUCCGUCGACGUCUUCACGCCCGCCUCCCCCACCCACCCUCCCGGCAUCUCCCACACCCAUCCGCACGAAGCCCUCCUCGAGCCCGGCGAUAUCCUCUUCAUCCCACCCAUGUGGGUCCAUACCGCCGCCCCGACCACGGCCACUUCCAUCGCCGUGAACGUCUUCUUCAAGAAUCUCCCCGCACACGGAUACGCGGCGGGCAGGGAUGUCUAUGGGAAUCGCGAUCUGGCUGCGUAUGAGCGGGGCAGGAAAGAUGUGGGCAGGAUUGUGAGGCUUUUUGAGGCCCUGCCGGCGGAUGUGGCGGGGUUCUAUCUGGAACGGUUGGGCAUGGAGAUGGUGGAGAAGGGGAGGGGGAUGAGUAGGAGUUAUCAGGAUGGUGGUGGUGAGAUGGUGAAUGGGCAUGGGAGUGGGAGUGGGGAUAGUUCUUCGCUGUUGCAUGAGCGGUUUGCCGAGUUGAGUUGA